ACAAUUCAUAAGUGUGUGUGCAGAGAGGAGGUUCGGGGAUUAUCGUCUUCACUGACGCGGCUCAUUUUUAACCAAGUCUAUCCCAAGAAGAUAGCUGGUGAAGCCUUCAAUGGAAUCAUCAGCAAUUGUAUGAAAACUUUAAGUGUGUUUUCUUGUAAUGAAAACGUAAAUGCCUACUAGUUUUAAAGCAAUCUUCUUGAUUUAGGUAUUUGAUCAGUGAGUGGUGCAGACGUUUUCUGUGCAGUGCCAAUUGUUUGAUAAUGAAGAUAGAAGCUGCGGGUGCAAUAUUACCAAGAUUCAUAAAGCGAUCUGUCCCAUCAAGUCCGCCUCGGUCAAGAUGCAAAUGCAGGGAAAGAAACCUACUCCUGUUGGUUCUGGGCACAUUCGCACUGAUCUGCUUCGGUACAAUAUUCUACCUGCCCGAUCUGGGAGAGGGACUGUGGCGGCUGGAGCGCCUGAAGCGCGUGCAGAAGCGCGUGGGUGACGUGGGCGGUGACCUGCUGCUGCCGGUGCCGCCCCCGGCCCGCGGACGGCCCGGGGCGGCCGAGGACCGGCGCCGGCUCUACAGCAAGGCGCAGGAGGCGGCGGUACCGGCCUCGGGCGGCUCAGUGGCUCCGGUGCCCCCCGAUCCACUACAUCCGGUCAUCUCGGGCGGCGAGGACCCCGACCCCGUGAUGCGCUUCAGACGCCGCAAAAUCAAAGAGAUGAUGCGUCACGCCUGGAAGGGGUACGUGACGUACGCGUGGGGUGAGGACGAGCUGCGACCGGUGAGCCGGCGCGGCCGCUCGGCCGGCAUAUUCGGCCGCCAGGCCAUGGGCGCCACCAUCGUGGACGCCCUGGACACCCUACUCAUCAUGGGCCUGGAGGAGGAGUUCAGCGAGGCGCGACUCUGGGUCAAACAGAAACUCGACCUGGCGCACGUGACCUCCGAGGUUUCUGUGUUCGAGGUGAACAUUCGUUACGUGGGCGGCCUGCUCGCGUGCUUCGCGCUCACCGGAGACGCGCUGUUCAGAGACAAGGCGGAGGAGACUGCGCGCGCUCUGCUGCCGGCGUUCGACACCCCCACCGGCAUACCGUACGCCAUGGUGGUGCCCGCCACCGGGCGCGCCAAGAACUACGGCUGGGCCUCGAUGGGCGGCUCGAUUCUCUCUGAAUUCGGUACGCUCCACAUGGAGUUCAGCUAUCUCUCGGACGUCACCGGGCAGCCCGUGUUCAGGGAGAAGGUGCACCGCGUGCGCGACCAGCUGGCGCGGAUGGACACCCCGGGCGGACUGUUUCCCAACUACCUCCACCCGGUCACCGGCGACUGGGGACAGCACCACACGUCUGUGGGCGCGCUGGGCGACUCGUUCUACGAGUACCUGCUCAAGGAGUGGCUCCGCUCCGGCGGCGACGACCGGCAGGCGCUGCGGAUGUUCCAGCUGGCCAUGGGUAACAUCACCGACCGUCUGGUGAAGACCUCCGACCAGUCGGGCCUCACCUUCGUGGCCGAGAUGCACCGCGAACGACUCAGCUACAAGAUGGACCACCUGGCCUGCUUCAUAGGCGGGCUGUACGCUCUGGCUGCGGCCAAGGACCCGGAGGCAGACACGGAUCGGUACCUGGAGCUGGGCCGACAGAUCACGGCCACGUGUCACGAGUCCUAUGACCGCACCGCCACCAAACUGGGACCCGAGAGCUUCCGGUUCACCGAUCAGGUGGAGGCGCGUCCACUGCUGCAGCAGGAAAAGUACUACAUCCUGCGGCCGGAGGUCAUCGAGAGCUACUUCGUACUGUGGCGGCUCACGGGCGACCCCAAGUACCGAGACUGGGGGUGGCAGGCGGCUCAGGCUAUCGAGCAGUUUUGUCGAGUCGAGGCGGGGUUCUCGGGAAUCAAGGACGUCGACUCGCUGUGGCCUGAACAUGACGACGUGCAGCAGAGCUUCUUUUUGGCCGAGACGCUCAAGUACCUGUACCUGUUGUUCAGCGACUCGGAGCUUCUCUCGCUGGACCAGUGGGUGUUCAACACGGAGGCGCACCCGCUGCCGAUCCGGGGGGCCAACCAGCUGUACCGGCAGACAGACGUCGGGUAGACGAACGGACACCCUCCGCUGGACAGUUGUGAGUCGGCUGGAGGAAAUCAUCUCCGUCAGCAGUGCCGAGUAGAUGCUGCAAACUCUACAGCCCUACCGUCUACAGUGCUGUUGUCAGCUAGAAGUAUAGGCACUCUCUCUAAUACAGCUGUCAGCUGAUGACCCUGUCCAGCAGCUAUCUAGUUGCGCUCAAUCCCAACAGCUGUCCGGGGACCCACCAAUGUUUGGCAGCUGUCUGAGGGCCUACGUGCUUUGUCAGACAGCUGCCUGCCUUUAUCGACAGGAUUGACGUUUUUGUGUUCUUGAAUUCAAGAACAAGUCGAUCAUCAAUGACAGUAUAUUUUUUGUCCAAUUAGCGUCAGCCCAUUAGUCCUGAUUAUGCACAGGGUAACUUAUGUACUGCUUUGUAUAGUUUCAGGUGUAUUGCAUGAAAUCUUUUUAGGAAGACAAUCUUGUUAUAAUUCAUGUAACCGUGAAAUAGUUCACUUUAUUACGUCACCCCUGCAUUUUUACGUCCUUAGAUUCAGGCCAGCAAUCAAUGUGCCAUAACAUUUCAUGAAUGUCAUUGUAGCACACAUCAAUGUUGAUUGUUGACGAGUUGUUACGCGACUUUUAUAAACGUUUUAUUUGCGUUUCCAGUUGGAACUUCCGGUUCAUAUUUUAGAUGAACUUAAUGGAAGAAUUAAUUCUUUUGGGACAGUUCAAGCGUAAUUUUACGAAGUCCAUGAAUCCGAGCUUUUCAUACUCCUCUGCUCGUUGUGAACGGUGCCUGAGCCGUUGCUCCGUGUUGAUUGUCCGAGUGUCUGGUACAUACGUCGGACGUUUGAGGGCAACACUGGUUGAGGGCAUUUGACCCUCAAUCGGUCCGUGUAACUCCUUCCCACGUGUCGGGGACCCGUGGUGGGCGGCGGCUGGCCCUCUUGGCGACAUGAAGGGUUCUGCCGCACUUUCGGCUGUGCUGAGUGCCUAGACCAUCGUGCUGACGAUCGUCAUGUGAUCUAUCGAUAGCCAUGUGAUCGUAUUCGCGACGUGAUUGUUAUGUAAUUAUUUAAUUCCCCAAUGGAAGUGGAAUCAGGUGUUCUCAUGUGUCCGUGACUUAUCAGGAUCUCGGGCUGUGUCCGAACGUUGGAAUGAGUUUGGAGUGUAUCGUAGCCUACACUCACCGGUAGCGUUUGGCCGUCUUCCAUUGGUCUUGUGUGGUGUAUGACUAUGUAUAUGUAACUGCAUCAUUGUGAAUGUAUGGCGCACAGGGAAGGGGACCAGUCUUCUGGUCAUUCUGGUGGUGUCAACCAGAAUGCCACUGUGAUUAUCUUGCGUCCUUCUUGUUGAAUCAACAAUGUGAUAAUCAAUGAAUGAUGAUUGUAUCCGCUCCAUUUCGUGUGUUACGGUUUUACCUCUCGGAAGGUCCUCCUGGGCCCUUUACUGCAAAUGUGUACAUUAUCACGCCGUCACUGUCAUGUGACUCAUGUCACUCAAGUGAAUGUGAUCUCUACAAUAUAGACAUUUCAUCUCCAAA